AGUGCCAUAGCAUUUCAACGUUAAAGUGGACGCCCACGUCACGUUAUGUAUCUGCUUAAAAUAUUAAUUUUUACCUUUCAUUUGUAAAUUCCCCCAGAUGGUAUAUGUAUUUUCGUGAAAAAAAGAAGCAUCGGAUUACAUCUAUGCCACACAGCCGAGGUCAGCAUUAUUAUUGUAUGAAAGAGAGGAUAGCUUGUUUGCGGAAAAUAUCGGAAAUGUAAGUUUCUAAAAAAGAAAGUAGGAUAGUUUGCUUAACCUCCAGUGGAUAUUUGUAGGUUUCCAAACUGGCACCACCAAAUAACAGGUAUUCACGUGAAAACCACGUGAAGACAAAAGAAAGACCAUAAAGUUAGAUCUCAGUCACGUAAAUCCGUAAAUAAACCUAAGCUAAUAUAAAUAUGUAUGAAGGAAUAUGACAGAAGAAACCUGAUCUAUAAUAUUAUGUUGCACAAGUUGCGGUAUUGAACCAACCAACUCAGGAAACCAGAACCGAACCGAAACCAAUAUGAUGUUUCCCUGCUGACGAAAUUUGUAAAAUGGGCCUGUCAAAUACAGUUUAUUAAUGCAUUCUUCCUGCACCACGAAUCUAUUUGCUAUGUAUACAAGAGGGCUAUUAAUAAGAAUAAUUUUUGAUUUAGGGCUUCUAAUCGCUUAUCAACUGAAAAAUUUAAUAUUUAAUGUUGUUUUUCUUAAUGGUAAACAAGUUGCGUUAUUGACAUGCGUUCUCUCUGUUAUACUACACAUGGCCCUGUCCUGAUGUUACUUAAAGAGAACAUUGCUUUAAGAUGACAUCGGGUGCGCUUUUUACCAUCCCAACACUUCAUUAAUGGAAAAUGAAAUCAAAAUGUAAAAACUUUUUUCCCAUGGAUUUCGGAAGCGUAAACAGCUUUCGACACCAUUUUAACCUUGUGUUUUCGAACUGGGUGAUGUCUAUCAAGAAACGGAAGCUGCCAGAGCCCCACGGACGCCCACAGGAACUGCUGCAUCAACAUUAUCCGCCAUCCCCAAAAUCCCAGCACCUACUGCACCACAGUGUGGACGUCAUAAAUCGGGUAAGUACAUUAACGCUCAAAGCUGUUUAUAUAUCUCACAGUUUCUCUGUUUAAUCUUAUUUUGCAUAGACUGAUUUCUUUCUUUAAUUACUCAAUUAAUGUUACCUAACUUUGUCUACUUCUUAUAACCUAUUCCAUGCGUUGUGUUGGAAAUUAAUGUAGAAGUAGCAGAACUGAAAUAAAAAAAUAGAUUUAUUAAUGGGGGCGGCAUGGUGGUGCAGUGGUUAGCACUGUUGCCUCACACGUCUGGGACCCAGAUAUUUAGACCUUUGGUAAUACUGAGUGUAAAAUUUUCUUUCCAGUUGUGAAUAUUGAACAAAUGUAGCCCCAAAACAGUGUAAUAAAAUGUGCUAUGCAUUUACACUGGUUUUCACUGUCUCCAGUGGUUUUGAGAGGCGUUAAAGCCACAAACAACAAAAUAUCCAUGGAGAAUUUGGCCAAGGGCAUUUUUGUGUUUGCAGGAGUGCUGAGCCUGACUUACAUGGCAGUGACCCAACGGCGAGAUUUUGAUGACACCCCAGCCCCCGGGUUACUCAACCCUGCAUGGAUGGCGUCAGUCCCUGACAGCCGCCCCCUGUCUGAGGUCACACUCCCCGGCAGCCACAACACCAUGGCGCGGUACGGCGGAGCCCCGAUUCGGUGCCAGUCCUGGCCCCUGGCCUUACAGCUGCGGGCUGGCGUGCGUUUCCUGGACGUGCGGGUCCGUCAUGUUAAGGGCAAUCUCACCAUCCACCAUGGUGUGGUAUACCAGCGGGCUCACUUUGGUGAUGUUCUUGAAGACGUGGCUGCGUUUCUCCAUGAGAGGCCUACUGAGGCCGUACUGAUGCGACUCAAGGAGGAAUUCAGUGAAACGAAUGACAUCUAUGGGUCGGUGGUCAGCUACAUCCACCGCUAUGCCCACUGGGACCUGCUUUGGCACAGCCGUCUGGUGCCAACUAUGACACAGGCCCGCGGGAAACUCAUUGUCCUGCAGGAUUUCAUUGGCCCAGACCUCGGCAUGCGUUAUGGAUCCCUGGACAUCGCUGACGAGUGGAAGGUGCCGACAUUUUUUCACUUGCCAGCAAAGUGGGAGACCGUGCACAAGCACUUGGCAGCCGCUGAGGCUGGGAACAAGGCCCAGAUGUUCCUCACUUAUUCAAGUGGAGCCGGGAUCUUCGCCUAUCCGAUUUCCGUGGCUCGGCACAUUAAUGCCCGGCUCUUAGACCACCUCGUGCUCAGGGCAGGAAAGCCCAGGCGCUAUGGCAUCGUGGCCAUGGACUUCCCUGACGCUCCACUCCUGCAAACCAUCAUUAACUUCAACUGA